AUGCCUGCCGUCGAGCCUGGACGAGAGAACGAGACGCCAACGGACUCGAGAACCUCCCUGAGGCAUGCUUUACAGCCUCCUCAAAUACCUAGGCCGGCCGUCCAUCAACAUUCCUUACAACCAGACGCUGUCUCGGACUGGAACACCGCGAACUUAGGCUUAAGAGUGGGUGCGGAUCUCGCAUCUGCCGCAGGUGCAUCAAGCUUGAUAGCACCUGUGAUAUGUGUAAUAGACCGAUCAAUAGUGGAAAAAGCUGCCAAAGGAGAAGCGUUCUCGUCCUGUCUUCGACGCUCCUUUCGACCGGUCUACACGCAACCACACAAGUUUCUCUUUUCUAAGCCGUUCCUCCUCAUAUUCGGUCUGUACUUUUUCACCUACUCGACCGCGAAUACCGUUGACACACUCACCUCGACUUUCUCUUCGAAACCAGCUUCGACGGUUUCAUCUGGACCGGCCAAAUUCCUCGCCACCUCGUCCGUGAACAUGAGUUGGUGCGUGUACAAGGACUCGCGAUUUGUCCGCAUGUUUGGUGGCCCGUCAUCAUCUCCGGCAGCGGCGGUGCCCCGGCUCUCGUAUGCCCUGUUCGCCGUACGAGAUAGUUUGACGAUAUUCGCCUCGUUCAAUCUUCCUCCCAUCAUUGCUCCGCAGCUUGCCAACCUGCCCUUGAGCGUCAGAUCUCGGUUCUCCCAGAUUCUCAGCACGGAAUCAGGGCGGGCUACCACUGCGCAAUUUUUGGCCCCGGCGGCGAUCCAACUCGUUUCCACGCCGGUCCAUCUCCUCGGAUUGGAUUUGUACAACAGACAAGGACGGUUGGGGUUGGUUGAUCGGUAUUCUCGAGUGCUCCGGGAUUGGAGCGUAAGCGCCUUCGCAAGGAUGGGAAGAAUCAUCCCUGCCUUUGGUGUCGGUGGUGUUGUCAAUGCAAACGUGCGUAAAGAUUUAAUGUCCACAAUCGACGCCUCUUGA